AUUAAGCCUAACUACUUAAUUACAAAAUAUAUCGUUUGAUUAUGUUAAUAGUACCAUCUUGUGCUAAUAACUCUUCCACAAGUAUCUAUAGGAUGAUCAUUCGAUACUUAAUUAGCGCGAUCCUAAUGAUGGAGAUGGUAACUAAUGGUUUUAUGUUUAGAGUUGAUGCAUUGUCCAUGAAUUAUUAUAUCAUGAAAUGUCCAAUGAUUGAAGGGGUUGUUAGAAAUGCAGUAAAUAAAGCACUCCAAGAUGAUCCUACUUUGGCUGGCCCUCUUUUAAGAAUGCAUUUCCAUGACUGUUGGAUUCAGGGAUGUGAUGCAUCGAUUCUUAUCGACUCAACAAAGGAUAAUAAGGCAGAGAAGGAUUCCCCAGGAAAUUUAAGCUUGCGAGGAUUUGAUCUUAUUGAUGACAUUAAGGAUGAGCUCGAGGAGCAAUGUCCUGGAAUAGUUUCUUGUGCUGAUAUUAUAGCCAUGGCUGCUAGAGAUGCAGUUUUUUUGAGUGGUGGUCCGAUAUAUGAUAUACCUAAAGGAAGGAAGGAUGGAAGGACAUCAAAAAUAGAAGACACAGUUAAUCUUCCUUUUGCCACUUUCAACAGCUCUGAGCUCAUUAGAGUAUUUGGACAGCGUGGCUUUACUGCUCAAGAGAUGGUUGCUUUGUCAGGUGGACAUACUUUGGGUGUGGCAAGGUGUUCUUCAUUCAAGAGUAGGUUGAGCAAAUUUAAUGCAACGCAUGAUGUGGAUCCAUCAUUGGAUGCUGAUUUUGCUAAGACACUUUCUAAGACAUGUAGUGCUGGGGAUAAAGCAGAAGAAUCCUUUGAUGAUACAAGGAAUGAUUUUGACAACAAUUAUUUCCAAACAUUGCAAAACAAGGCUGGCUUGCUCACUUCUGAUCAAACUUUAUUUGAUAGCCCUAGAACUAGAGGCAUUGUCAAUGGUUAUGCCAUGAACCAAGCUAUGUUCUUCCUAGAUUUCCAACGAGCAAUGGUCAAGAUGGGCUUGCUUGAUGUCAAAGAAGGGUCCAAAGGAGAAGUUCGCAAAAGUUGUCGGAAAAUUAACUAAUUACUCCGUAUACGUUACUGAUAAAAACAAGAAUACAAACAAAACAACAACACUAUAUGUAUCCUAUCGUUUUAUAGAGUUUGAGAGAAUUUCUAUGACGUAAACUAGAUAUUAAAUAAUACAAAAUGUUGUUUUCUUAUUGAGUAGUGCUAUGCAAUUUAUUUGCGGCUAAUAUAUAUGUAAUAUCAUCUUCGAUUUCUGAA